AGACUACAUAACUGAAGUGUAAUAAACUUCUUUUUGUUAGUGUAUAACAUAUCGAUGUUUGCAGAUUGGUCUAAUAUCAAAUGCGUUUGUUUGGACGUAGACUCAACGGUUUGUGAAGAUGAAGGACUGGAUGAAAUUGCCGGUUUUCUUGGAGUUACUGAUAAAGUUAAAAAAAUGUAGACAAUAAAUUUCGUCUAUAUUUCAAAGUUUCAUUAGCACUGAGGAGGCUAUGAAUGGAGAAUUGGACAUUACUAAGGCAUUAGAAGCCCGCUUAUCAAUAAUGAAUUUAAAUCUAAAGAAGCUUACUGACUUUUUAGACAACCAUCCAGUUAGACUAACACCGGGUGUUGAAAAUCUUGUUAAUCAGUUCAAAGAAAAUGGGGUUGAUGUUUACUUGGUAAGCGGUGGAUUAUAUCCGUUAGUUAACCGCGUAGCCAAACUGCUCAAUAUUCCUGAAGAAAAUGUUUACGCGAACAAGCUGAUUUUCAAUAACGAAGGCACAUUUGUUGGAUUGGAUCAUAGUGCACCAACUAGUCGUUCCGAUGGUAAAGCCUUAAUCGUUAAUGAAUUACUGAAUAAAUUGCAUACUCCAGUUAUGAUGAUAGGUGAUGGAAUGACAGAUGCAAAUGCUUGUCCACCAGCUUCUGUAUUUAUCGGUUUCGGUGUCAAUGUUAUUCGUCCUAAAGUUAAAACUAUAUCCGAUUAUUUCUGUACAUCUGUGGAAGAAUUAAUUAAUUUGUUGAAAAACCAUAAAAUGUUACUAUGAAAUUAUAUACUGUAUAUAUGGUUUUACUUUACAUAAAUUAAUAUUUUCAGUAUUAUAUGUGGAUGUAAUGUAAAUAUUCUUAAUUACCAAUUCCUAAACACUGUUUACCUGAUAUUUUUGAUAAAAUAGUCUCACUAGUGGGUAAUCUUUUUUAUUUAAAAAGGCAGUAAACAAUUAAGUUAUCAUUAAAAAAGAAUAAUGAAUACAAGCAAAUUAUAAACUAAUUUAACCAGGAAAAAUUUUGCUUAUGUUUCUUGCUAAUACAUUUUAUUCAUAACAGAAUCAGUAGAAAAAAUAAGUCAAAGG